UUCAUUUCACUCUACACCAUUUCGCAUCGUCACCUCCGCCAUCGAAACGAGAUGAUGUCGCAAGGAAUCCCUUUGCCAAACGAGAAUGGCACCUCCGACAUAUUAUUACGUCUUGAAGAAAAGGCGAAGCAAAUAUCUAGCAGUGGCCUAACACGCAAAGACCAAAUAUUGCUUCGAAGUGGGCGACUUCAGCUGGCCUGGGGUGAAGUGACCUCGAAAUCAAGUGUUUCGCUGUGGCGAAAGAAACGGGCUCGCCAGCUUUACAAUGAAAUUCAAAGCAUGAGUCCCAGCUUAGGGUUUGUGGUCUUAAUCUGUGUCACACCAACUGAGUGUGCUCAAAAAAGCUUCGAUCAUGUGAUGCAAAUCCUCAGCCGUUUGGAUCAUUACGAGACAUUUCGACUCAAGCUGGACUCGAUUGCAAAGAGGUUUCUGGAGUCAACAGCUGCCGAGCAAGGCUUUACAAGCAACAAGUUGUUCUUUGACUUUAUGAAGUCAAUGUUUCCAGAUGCAGAUCAAGAACCAAGAAAAAUAAAAUUUGCAUACACCAACAUCAGUUUUGAGAAGAUCCCUCAUUUCCUCGAAUACAUCGUAGCUGGCAUACUCUCAAGUCAGGCCGUGAAGGGAGAGAAGAGUCAUGGAUUGGCUCAAACAGGAAGUUUGACCGUUAUGGUGCCUACAAGUUCUCUAGAAGAUGGAUCUUGUAACAUCCUUGUUGACCGCAAGACUCUCAUGGAUGCCAUAUAUAAAUUUGGAUUCAAAGAGCUUCCGCUCGAGAGAACAUGAUUUUACACCCAAGCACCUCGCAGUCUCGUCCUGAAGGAACGAAAAACUUCUGUGGUUUGUCCGUCGUGUAACCUUCAUCGCCUCCGAUGACUCGUACAAAGCCAACCCCUCCUUCUUUGUUCGGUAAAAACGAUAUCCAUUUAUGAGCCUCCUCCUUCUUGAAUAUGCCAUCGGCUUGCCUCCAAACGUCAUAGACAGUCUGCUCAUGGAUCAUUAGGAUUCAUUAUCCCGUCCGCUGCCGUUUCUCCAGAGCUUUCCGGUCUCAGCGAAGUCAUCGCGACGUUCCGGUACAAUGUGCAAAGUGGGUGUUCGGUAGUUUGUUCCAUAUGAGAAAUUGUGCUGGAGUCAUUGCUGCCUAAUCAUUCGUUGUGAAGAGGGGUACGUGUAGACUUGAUGACGUGUCUGUA